AUGGAUGGGAGAUCUAUGGAAGUAGAGGGUUGGAAGAUUGCUAAAAGGCUUAAUAUUUUGAAGAUUGAAGCUGCAGCUAAGGAUGAGAAGUGGAUAGCUAUGGAAAGCAUGGGAAUGCAUGGGCAUGCUAAUGAUGCUCAACUAUUCAAACAAAUGCAGCUUAAAGGAAUCGUACCCAAUGACGUGACUUUUGUUGCUAUGUUUGGUGCUUUUCGUCAUGCAAGAAUGACAGAAGAGGGCCGGAAGCUAUUGUCGUCAAUGAAGAGUGUUUAUGGCGUUGAACCCAAAAUCGAGCAUUAUAGUUGUGUUAUUGCCCUGCUUUCUCGAGCUGGAAGAUUAGAAGAGGCCUUGAAUCUCAUAAAGAAUAUGCCUAUUGAGCCCAAUGAGUCUGCAUAUGGUGCUUUGCUUGGAGGUUGCAAGAUUUAUGGUGAUGCCAAGGUGGCACAGUCCGUGGGAAUACAACUUCUUGAUUUAGAACCGCCACAUAGUGGCCGCUACAUAGAUCUUUCAAACAUAUAUGCCGGAUCAAAACGUUGGGAUGAUGCAAGAACAACACGGAAGCUUAUGCAAGACAAUGGUGUAGCCAAAAUGCCAGGUGUAACAUCCGUCAAAUAUCCUAAGUUUAAUUCGUUAUAA